CGGCACUCCCUGGCGGGGCGGCCCCACCGCCGGAACGGUACCGCGGGUGGGCAGGGCCGGAGGCUGCGCUGCGCUGGGGUCUCCGGGCCGCGCUCCUCCUCCGGUGCCGCAGCCGUGUCCUACCCGGUCUCCUUUGAGCCGGGAGCCGCGGGUGCUGCCGGCCCUGCCCGCUGAGAGAAACCCUGGAGCAGUUGAUCACCUUUGCGCCGCUCGAGCUGCCACGUUGCCCUAAGGAAACCUCGCGGUGCUGGCAGUGGCGGAUGGAGUAAUGCGGUGGCUUUCUGCGGACAGCACCUUCUACACACUGCAGGAACCUGAUGCCUCAGCUUCAGGAUCUCGCCAAGAUGCCCCUCAAUGUUGACAAUGUGAUGCAACUGUUCUGCCAUCUCUCGGAGCAGAAGGGGAUGAAAGCUGCUGUCAAACACUCUGGCUCAGGAGCACUGCUGGCGGGUGCAGGAGCAUUUAUAGGGGGUCUGAUGGGAGGUCCACCUGGAAUCGCUGUAGGAGGAGCACUUGGUGGAUUGUGUGGCGCCUGGAUGACUAGUGGACAGUUCAGGCCGGUCCCUCAGAUUUUAUCAGAAUUGCCUCCUGCUGAGCAGCAGAAACUCUAUGAUGAAGCCAUUGUUAUUCUCCGGAACUUAGACUGGACUGAUAUUGUUCAGCUGACUGCUCUUGUCAUGGGAAAUGCCAGUCUCCAGCAGAAGUUGUUAGGAGUGCUGAUGAAUUAUUUAUCCAAAGAACUAAGAGCAGAGAUACAGUAUAGAGAAUAAACCUUUCUAGAGCAGGCUUUUUACAGUGUAAAGAAUUUUACUCUGACAGUUGUUUCUUCAACAUAGCAAUUAUUAGUUAUCAAUACUAAUUAUGAAUGUAGGUAGGUGUAAGUAGUGUUUUGGGGUUGGGUAUUUGUUUGUUUUGUAAGGAUAGUAUUAGAUGAUUGCAUCGUACUGACACUGUAGUAGGAAUGAAUUCAAAGUCACUGAAGGGAAUUACAGUUCUCUUACACUAAUGUAUCACUAGUUACAAUUUUCAAAGUCAUGGUGUUUUGUUUAGGAGAUUUCAUCCUGUUUGUGAAAGUGCUUUAAGUUUAUUCUGUGAAUGACACGUAGGUGCCAAAGCAGCCAGGGCACUUGGAAGAAUUUUACCUACUGUCUGCUUCAGUCCUUCAAAAGAAAGUUUUAAGUUUUACUGUGAACUCAAAGAUCUCAAUCCUUACUUACUUAUUGUCACAUUUUUAUUGUAACUCUUGAGUUAUUUAUUCCUUUCUGUAAUAAGUGAAGCCAAUGCCUAAGGAGGGCAUAAAGCAACAGGUAACCAACCUGUGCAUGAGUAGUAGCUCAUGGUGUCCUAGAAUGGGAAAGCACGGCAAGAAUAAUCUUUUAAAAAAAAAUUUAAAAUGGGGAGCUGAUUCUGCCCCUGUUGUGCUCUUCCUAGGAUUAGGAUGGUCAUUUCAGCAUUGGCUUCUUGACUGAAUCCAAAGAGCUGGUCCUCUGUUUUCAUUAACAUAUAGAUAAGAAGCAUCAUAGAGGCCUGUGUUUUGCUGUAGGGCAGAUGAACUCUAAGAUCUGGUGCUGAAAUGUGAGGAGGGGGCAGCCCUGGGUUGCUCAGCUGCUGUGGGGUGACACCGGCUGCAGGUGGCACCGUGAGCUCCAAGGGCCACGUUGCCGAAUAGCCCAGCCAGUUGUUCAUUAUUGUAAGACAAGUCUGUAAGUAGAACUAUUUGCAGGCGUGCCUUCUUUUGUAUGUAGUGAAACUGCUCUGGUAAUUCCAGUUUUCCCGUAAAAUAAAGAUUCAUCUCUCUGUG